AUGGACCUUGACAGCGAACCUCUUGAGGAAGGCAAAUUCGAAUAUAUCGACCUUGACGGCAAUCCUCUUGAGGAAGGCCAUUUCAAUGGAACUCCACCGCUUGAGUUGCAGUCGAUCUAUGAAGACGCCUAUAAAGCAAAUGUAUCGGAUGACGAUGCGGAACUGGCAGGAAAUGAAAAACUAACACCACAUCAAACUGAUCUGAGGCUCAGGAGCACAAAGAUGUUCAAAAAUGGCACUAUCGAUCAACUGGAAGAGAUGAUCCGCGAACUCAAGUCCGGUACACUUUACGGAUGCAAUGGCUUUUAUGCUGGAUUCAGUGAGGAAUUACAUUUCACGGUCACGUGCCAUCACAAUUAUACAGAUCCGUCUGAAUUUCUCAACAAAACGUUCAGGCAAUGGAAGAACGCAAAACAAUGA